AAAUUAUUGAAUGAUAUACCAGCCUGGUUGAAAACAUUAAGAUUACAUAAAUACACUAGUGCAUUACAAGAUGUUCCAUGGAGGGAGUUGAUUUAUUAUGAUGAUCAACAAUUGGAGUUGAAAGGUGUUAGUGCUAUGGGUGCUAGAGGUAAGCUUUUGAAGGCAUUUGAGAUU